AAUAGCCCGAUUGACAAAGACGUCACUAAAACGAGACCGGAAACGAAACCUGGAAAUCAACUGACUACAAGACAACAGCACAGAACCUCAAUCCUUGACUUUUCGGGCAAAGGUGCGAGUUUUAAUUUUCCCCAGCUGCAACUCAGCAGCCAUGUCAGCGUAUCCCAAGACCCACAACCCUUUUGCUGACGAUGACGACGACGACGUGGUGGAGGACUUCGGACGCGGAGGGGGCUACGAUGACUCCAGCGACAGCGGGCUGAGCGAGGCGGAGAGGAGGCAGCGGUGGCUGCAACAGGAGGUCAUGCGCACGGCGCAGUCCGCGGUCGACAGCACUCACCGCUCCCUCGGGCUCAUAUACGAGUCUGAGAAAAUGGGUACCGAGACUGCUGAGGAACUCAUGCGCCAGGGGGAGGCGCUGAAGAGGACAGAGAGGAUGGUAGACAACAUGGACGGGGAGCUGAAAACCAGCGAGCGCCACAUCAAGAGCAUCAAGAGCGUCUGGGGCGGAAUCUUCAACUACUUUAAGCCCAAGCCAGAGACGCAGCCCCCACCAGAGCCUGCUCCCGCAUACCAGCCCAGCAGCAAGUUGCAGGGUGCCCUGUCUGAUAGUAAAGAGCAGGAGCACAGGUACCAGGCAAGCCACCCCAACCUGCGCAAGCUGGACACCUCAGGAUUCGGGCCGGAAGAUUCCUCGUCCGAAGCCAGCGCUUCCGCUCAGAACGGGUACCCCAAACACCAGGUCCUCCGCGCUGCCCACCAGAAACUGGAUGACAACCUGGAUGAGAUGUGUUCGGGACUGAGCCGGCUGAAGAAUCUGGGCCUCGGUCUGCAGUCGGAGAUCGACGAUCAGGACGCCUCGCUGGAUAACCUCCUGGGAAAGGUGGACAAGAUGGACCUGAAGAUCCAAAACACCAACCAGAAGAUCAAAGACCUCAAAUAGACACCCUUAACCUUCACCUUGACCAGACCGGGCCUCAACCUCAUUUACAGAACUAUACAGUACCACAUAUCCUCCGAGUCUUAUACUUUUUAUCCGUAUCAUUUCUGAGGUGCACGUAGGUACACACACACGCUCAGGCACACACACACACACACAUGCAUGCACACUCACACACACACACACACACACGUCACAGUGUCCUGCAGGCUCGUGUUUAGAGGCCGGGGAAGUUGGACGUUAGUUUCUGCAGGCGUGCACAGUUGCCGUAGGGAUGUCACUACAGUGAAAUAAAAAUGGCGUCUCUAAGUGAACAGGGGUUACUGCGUUACCUGCUUCUCGUGCCUAUACAGGUGUGUCCUAUUGACUUGGAACAAGCCUGGGGUUUGUGUAGAGAUUGUGUAGAGAUUUGUUUCCCUGCCGCUCUUUAAUAUGCCUUCCAGGGAAACGUCUCUCUGAGUGCAUUUAGCCGCUCCUGCGUUAAAGCUCCAGCUUUUGCUCUGUUAGUCACUCUUGUGUUAAAGCUCAAGCUUUUGCUCUGUUAGUCACUCUGUGUGCCGUUUUAAGUCUUCGUCUUCUCUGGUUUUAUUUUACCGUAAACAUCACGUUCACAAAGUGCUUCUCUGGUGCAGAUUCAAAGACAUUUGUUUGUAUUACUUGUGUUUUCAUAAAUGUUUUGCACAAGUGAAAAGUGCGUGGAGAAUAUCUUGUAUAACUCUCAAACUGCCAAUGCUUUUUUAUAUAUACGUUUUGCUUUGGAAGCAGAAUCUGUUAUGUAGUAUGGAGUUAUUCAUAGAAGCCACUAUGAUAUAUGUGCUGAUUUGAAAUGUAUAAAAUACAUGAACCCUAAUCAGACCAACAAAGUGAUUAGCUACAUACCUUUCCAUAGUUCAUAUGCAGCCAUACUUUCAUACUCUGCUCCCUGGCAUGUUAAGAAGGUUGGCUGGCAGCCCCCUCCUCUCCACUCUGACGUCUCCAUCUUGGUGAGCUCAUCGCUGGGCUUCACAGGAGCUUUUCACUUCCCAGAAUUCCAAGGUGCUGAAUUCAGCAAAGCGGACGGCGGGAGGGGUUAAAGGUCGGGAGUCGCGUGGGUGACUCUUUCAGGAAAGGGGGGGGGGGGUUUGGAGUGCCGUUCCACUGGUGUCAGCACAACGGAAGAGAAAGAUAGACAUACUUCCUCUGAACGAACAGCAUUCUGCUGUUUUUAUGAAGUCAGAGCAGUGCUGCUGCAGGCACUAGAGCACACUCUGCGAACACCUUGCAGUCUUUAGAUACGCCAGUUCCGCAUGUGGGAUAUUCACCUAAAGCUAAUCAUUUCUUCCAUGCCCUUCACAUCAGGAGCUACGCACAUUUUCCUGACUGUAUCUCAAAUCAGGCGUGAGAUAUGCCUGUUUAUCUUCUAGCCACUCUUAGGCUCUUUAGUCGGUCAGUGCAACACCACACGCCAGGCGGCAUAGUUCAGUUCACCCCCUUGCUGAUAGGAUAGAUAAGUUUCAUGGCAUUAGCAAGAAGCCACGCCCACUCUCACACUCCCAUUGGGCAAUCAAGCUUCAGGGAAACGGUGGUAAUGUUACCAGGAGCAGUCUGGAACAUAAACUGGAAUGUGGCUGCAAUAAAGUCAUUUCAAUAGUAAA